AUGCCCGGGCCCCCACCGCACCGGGACUGUCUCGGUUACGUCAAUGCCUGCGGCUGGGCCCAUCUCGGCUGCGGCAGCCACAUGGGGCUGGGGAAAGGGGGGGUCGCUCCCCACACGGAGCCGGUUCUCGCGCUGAGUGACCUGGACCUCGCCAUCCAUCCCGUCCCAUCCCAUCCCACCGGCAGCGAGGGCGGUGCAGGGCGCAGGCGACGCCAGCAUCCCGGCAGCCUCCCGCCGGUGCCAGGGCAGCUCUGCCCGGCCCUCCCCACUCCCGGUGGUAUCACGCCAUAUCCCCACCGCCCCGGCACCUUUGUGGCCGUGCUGGCCAGUGGUGCCGGCCACGCCACCGGCCCCAGGGGUGCCGGGGCCCCGCGGGCGGCGAGCACCCGAACUGCCCAUCCAUCCCCGGGCACGGGGCACGGCCACCCACCGGCGGCGCUGAAGGUCACCGGCACCGGCUGCCUCCCCCGCUGCCUGCGCGGCCACCCGAGCGUCAUCUCCCUGGCACGAAGCGAGUUUGACGGGUCUCAGCCCAGCCCCUCGCCGGGUCCUCCGCCUGCCCCGGGGCUCGCUGGGCUCCCGCGGUGGGGUUACCAUGGGAAGGCGGCGGCGGCGGCGCAGGGGGAGCGCGGGCUCCCGGGGGCUCCCGCCAGCGGCCGCGCUGCCAGGAGAGAUUUCUCCGUGGUUUCAUCAUCCGCCGCCCGCCCCGAAGGAGAAGUUCCUGCUCCGCGCACAGGGCAGCGGCCGCCCCUCGAGAGCCGGGGCGCGGGGGCCCUGCUGGCCCCGCACCCCUCGCUGCGCCCGCGGGGCCCCCCCCGCCAUGCUCAGGCCCGUCGCGCUCGUGCCACGUGUGCACCGAGGGUGCACAGCACCAGCUGGCAGAGCCGCGCUGCCACGGCCUCGGGCUCAGCACCGCGACGCUGCCACCCUGGGCCUGGGCCGGUGGUCUCAGAGGGUCCCCAGAACCCACCAUUGACGUCCCCCCACCCGCACUGUCACCUCCCUGUGCCCAUUCACUCGCUCUGUACCCCCGUCCUUAGCGAGGGCACCCCAGCCCCGACGCCCCACACCCUCCCCUGCCCCACAGCUUCCCCUUCUCCACGCGCCCGCUUCAAGUUCCUGAGCCAAACCCCUCCCUUGGCGCCCAGCACCGGCAUCACCACCGCGGCCUCGAGUUGCCAGCAGCUGCCGUGUGCUAGUGCCAAGGGACCCGAGCCUGGUCCCCACGUCCCAGCCUGGCUAUGGUGGGGGAAACUGAGGCACAUCGAGACUCACCCCACGCCAAACCUCGCACCGAGUUCUCCCAACUGGCAAAAGCCACCCUGGGUCAAGGGCGGCCAUGGCCCAAGACGGCGGCUCUGCACUGGCGUGGGCCGCGGCAGGAGGGUAAAUACCGCACCCCGCCUCGGGCAAACAGCCGGCUGGGGGGGACAGGCACAGCAGUGCUGUGUGCGCGGGGCAGAGUCCACCAGUGCUUGGCGGGUGCCACUGAGGCACCGGGCCCGGUGGGUACCCCUGUGGUGGUCCCUCACCAAUGGCCAGCAGCCAGGCACCCAGCACCGCUGCCAGCGUGCCAGGCCCAGCAGGUCACUGGCACGGCGCAGGGUGCCAGGACAUGGAGACACCCACCCUCCGCUCCCGCCUCUACCGGCACUGGCGCAGUGGGGGGGGUUCCUGAGCUGCCUCCCCAGUGCACCGGUGCUGUCGCUGCCCGGUGCACACGGGGAUGAAGCCAAGCUGUUCGCCGCGCCAGGAAGGGCGGUGGGAUGGCGGCAGCACCGGGUGAGCACACGGGGGACCGCGGCUGGAGGGCAGCACCGGAGCCGGCGGAGAUCAGCCGGUGUCACCGGUUUCCCGCAGCCCCGUCCGGAGGGACCGGGAAGACCCCACGCGUGGCCGCCCUCCACCCCACGGGCGACGUGUCCACCGGCUCCAGCGCGGAGCAGCGGCGGGGAGCGGGCGGUGCUCCGCACUCCGCCGGCAGCAUCCCGGCCCCACGCGACUCACCGCAACCGGGCUGCGAUCAAGCGGUCGCCGCACCGGCAGCGGUACCGGUCGGUCGUUGUCCGCGCAGCCCCCGCCGCUCCGCCCCGCCACACCCCCCCCGGGAGGGCGGGGGCCACGCGGGGCCCCCCCCGGGACCGGGGAGCGCUGAGGGGGGGAGUAUGGGAAGAGCUGAGUCAGAGCCGCGGGACGGCGGCGAUUACCGGGCCCGACCCCGGGGCUGGGGGGGGGGCAGCACCGGCCCCGCCGGCGCCUCGCCCGGUGCCAGGCGCCGAGCCCCGCGGCCGGCCCGCCCCGCUCCGCUCCGCCCCGCGGGCACGGGAGGCGGGGAACCGGGCACGGGAAAGCCGGGCACCGGGCACCGGGCAGGGUGUGUGUGUGUAG